AUGGGUCAUGAAUUUGUUGGAGAAAUCAUUGAUGUCGGACCGGAUGUAAAAAAUUUCAAGAAAGGUGACAAAAUCAUUGUGCCAUUUUCUACAUCAUGCGGCCAUUGCUUCUACUGUACAAAGGCACUUACUUCGCGAUGUGAAAAAUCUCAAGUAUUUGGAACACAUUUGCUGGAUGGUGGUCAAGCAGAAUAUGUACGAAUUCCUUUUGCUGAUACUACUGGAUUUUUGGUUCCAAAGGAAAUCCCUGAUGACCUUGCGUUUCUUAUGGCUGAUAUAUUUCCUACUGGCUAUUUUGCUGCGAAGAAUGCGUGGACAUUGCUUAGCGACCCAGAACGUCAAGAUCCAAAUCUAAUUGUCGUUGUCAUCGGGUGUGGACCUGUCGGUUUGUGUGCUAUCACUGCGGCUUGCGAGCGAUUUCCAAUCGUAUAUGCAAUAGAUAGUGUUGAAGAACGUCUCGAAGAAGCAAAGAAACAUGGUGCUAUUCCUAUCAAUCUCAAUAAUGAUCCUGUAAGUGCAAUCAAGAAGGUAACAGAAGGUCGAGGAGCAGAUGCUAUUUUGGAAGUGGUCGGGCAUGCUGAUGCUUUGCAAUUGGCCUACGAUCUUAUUCGUCCGUGGGGUGUUAUCGCGUCUGUUGGUGUGCAGCAAGAUGCUUUUCCGUUCAAUGGACCUCAAGCUUAUGACAAAAAUGUACGCAUGCAAUUUGGGCGAUGUCCAGUUCGAGCUUUAUUUCCCGAAGCGCUACGACUUUUUUCAGAAAAGCAAGAUCAAUUCAAAACUUUUGUAUCUCAUCGUAUGAGUUUGUCGGACGCUGCCAAAGCUUACGAAUUGUUUGACAACCGAUUAGCGCGAAAAGUUAUUUUUGAUUUACGAACAUAA